AUUAUUGCUUCUUGGCGUUUUGGCUAAAAUCAAGUGAAGUAUAGUAGCCACUGUUCAUUUCCUGUUAUCUGGUUUUGAAGUUCUGUAAUGCUUUCAUUCUUUUGAAUGGUUUUAUACUAUUUUGUUAUGUUUGCUAUUAUUGUGUGUGAAGGUAUGGUCAAUGAUUUUUUUUUUUUUUUUUUUUGGUCUUUUUCAUUUUUAUCGGUACCAGGGAUCGAACUCACGACUGCCUGCUUACAAGGUAGGCGCUUAUGCCGCUGAGCUAAAUCCCCAGCCCCUUGGUCAAUGAUUUUUAAGAAAACAACAAACAUUAUGGUAGCCACUGUUGAUGUCCUGUUCUCUUGUGAAAUGCUAUGUUGAUUGCAUUGUUCUGUUCUCAUUUGCUUUGUUCUGUUUUGUUUUGUUUUAUUCUCUUUAAAAUUUAAAAAAAAAAAAAAAAAAAGAAGAAGAAGAAGAAGAAGAAGAAUACCUUCCCUAUCCCCUGUCCUGAAAAGAGUAAAUACACAUCUGGGGAAUACAGUCAGUAACCUGAUUAUGAUCAUACCUCCAAUUUUUGGUGCACUUCAGAGUAUUAAAGAUGGACUGGAGAAGCGGUAUGUUGCAGCUUACAUAGCACUCACAGUGGUAGGAAUGGGAUCCUGGUGCUUCCACAUGACUCUGAAAUACGAAAUGCAGCUAUUGGAUGAACUCCCAAUGAUUUACAGCUGUUGCAUAUUUGUGUACUGCAUGUUUGAAUGCUUCAAGACAAAGAGCUCAGUAAACUACCAUCUGCUUUUUAUCUUAGUUCUAUUCAGUUUAAUAGUAACCACAGUUUAUCUUAAGGUAAAAGAGCCUGUGUUCCAUCAGGUGAUGUAUGGAAUGUUGGUCUUUACAUUAAUACUUCGAUCUGUUUAUAUUGUUACAUGGGUUUAUCCAUGGCUUAGAGGGCUGGGUUAUACAUCCUUGGGUAUAUUUUUAUUGGGAUUUUUAUUUUGGAACAUAGAUAAUAUCUUUUGUGAUUCACUGAGGAACUUUCGAAAGAAGAUGCCACCUAUCCUAGGUGUUACCACACAGUUUCAUGCAUGGUGGCAUAUUUUAACUGGCCUUGGUUCUUAUCUUCACAUCCUUUUCAGCUUAUAUACAAGAACAUUGUACCUGAGAUACAGGCCCAAAGUAAAAUUUUUCUUUGGAAUCUGGCCAGUGAUCAUGUUUGAGCCUCUCAGAAAGCACUGAUGGCUAUUCUAUGAAGAGAACAAAAAAAUAUCUACAUAAGUCUAGCAGGAUGAUGAGAAAUCCCUAAAAGUCAAUAUAUUCAAAUACACCAUGACCAUCACAACAGAAGAGCAACUUUCCAACUAGUGCUGCCAACCACACAGAGAAUGAGGAAUUGACACUGGUUGGUGUUCUGCUCCUGGCUGUAUCUUAUUUGUCCUCUUCGUCCUCAUCUUAAAAUGUUUGUAAAGAAACAGAUUAUUAUAUGUAUUUAUGUUCUAGAGUACUAGGGAAAUUGGGCUUUUCUUAACAGGUUAACAAUUUGUGCUGGUUAUAAGAAAUUAACUUUUUUCUCUUUUUUGAUAAAGAUUCCAUGUGAAUUAUAUUUUUUCUAAUAUUUUAUUAAAUAAGUAAGGACUAGCAAA